UUUUAAUUUUGGCGGUGAAGAUGGGCAGUCGUUUCGAGUCCACUGAGGGUCGGAAGGUAUACAUUGGUAACCUUAACCCUGAGGCUACUGUGGAGGAUGUGGAGUCUUUGUUUUCAAAGUUCGGCACUAUUGGCAACAUUUGGGUUGCCCGCAGGCCUCCAGGUUUCGCUUUUGUUACAUUUGAGGACCCUCGUGAUGCCACUGACGCCAUAGAGGAGUUGGACGGCAGCGAAUACAAGGGCCAAAAUUUGAAGGUUGAGCUUUCCAAGGGUCCUCGUCAGAGGCAUCGCAGAGAACGCAGCCGUGGUAGAGAUCCAUAUCGAAGGCGUAGUCCUCGUAGGCAUAGUCGGAGUCGUUCACGUUCUAGGUCUCACAGCGCGGGGCGUCGCAUAAGAUCGCGUAGUCCUAGUUACGGCAGGCACGACUCCAGGGACCGUCAUUGAUUUUAUUUUUCAUCUAUAAAUCUUUGCACCACUCAUUUUCUUCUCUAAUCUGCGCACGCGAUGAAUUAUUCACUACUAUAGCGUUUUUACUACACGUCAAUUACGGCGGUAUGAUUGAAGGUGUUGAAUUCGUCUCAUGUGCCAUGGUUGCAUGACAUAGGUCUCAUUUUCUACCUU